AUGCUGCAACGGGAAGUGCAGGCACUGCUGGACGAAGGAGUAACCUACAUCCAGCUGGAUUCCCUGCGCUACGUUAUCGAGUUGGCGGACGUCCGCCGCCGCCAGCAAAUGCUUCAGGCCGGAGAGGAUCUGGACCAGGCCCUGGAGAACACUAUCGCCGCCGACAACGCCACCCUGCGAAACGCACGGCGCCCUAGCGUCACCAUAGCCAUGCACAUGUGCCGGGGCAACAAUCGCAGCGCCUGGCGUUCCGAAGGCGGCUACGAUGUAGUUGCGGAACGCGCUUUUGCCUCGCUAGACGUGGACAGAUUUCUGCUGGAGUAUGACACCGAGCGGGCAGGGGGAUUUGAACCGCUCCGCUUCAUGCCUUCAGACAAGGUCGUGGUCCUGGGUCUGAUUAGCUCCAAGAAUCCGCAAUUGGAGUCGCAAGACCAGCUUUUGCGGCGCAUCGAUGAAGCAGCCAAAUACGUCCCCAUCGAGAAUCUGGCGCUAAGCCCGCAAUGUGGGUUCGCUUCCACGGCCCCAGGCAACAUGCUGUCGCCGGAAGAACAGAAACGAAAACUGGAACUUGUGGUGGAUACUGCCAGAAAAGUUUGGGGGUAG